CGUUAAAUGCUCACACUUCGCCCAAGCUAAUACUCUUGCAAUCAAUCUACACGUCUCUGCAAUGGUUGCCAAAGCUCCGUCCAAGGAGGUGCUGAGCCUCCUCCGCCGCUCUACAAUCUCGUCGCCGUCGAGACGCGCGCUAUGCCCUCACAUCACUACCCCCGUUGGUCCCCGCAUACAAGUAGCAUCAGUUGCUCGCCGCACCGUUGCUACGCAUACGUACUCGCACCAUGCCCACGCCAUAUCGACCCUACCCAACACGGUAGACACCUCGUCGGCCGAGUUCAAGGAAAACAAGGCAACAAUGGAGGAAUUGACAGCCAACCUAGCCGACUUGCACGCCAAGGUCGCGCAGGGCGGCUCUGCAAAAGCACGAGAGAAGCACGUCGCGCGAGGCAAGAUGCUGCCCAGAGAUCGAGUCACGGUGCUGAUCGAUCCGGGGACGUCGUUUCUGGAGCUCUCGGCCAUGGCGGGCCAUGAGCUGUAUCCGGGCGAGGAGGUGCCGUCGGGCGGCAUCAUCACGGGCAUCGGCACGGUCGAGGGCGUGAUGUGCAUGAUUGUAGCCAACGACAGCACCGUCAAGGGCGGCACGUACUACCCCAUCACCGUCAAGAAACAUCUCCGCGCCCAGACCAUCGCGCAGGAGAACCGCCUGCCGUGUAUCUAUCUCGUCGACUCGGGCGGCGCAAACCUGCCUCACCAGGCCGACGUCUUCCCAGACAAGGAGCACUUUGGCCGCAUCUUCUACAACCAGGCCCGCAUGUCCGCCCAAGGCAUCCCCCAAAUCUCCAUCGUCAUGGGCCCCUGCACCGCCGGCGGCGCCUACGUGCCCAGCAUGUCGGACGAAUCCAUCAUCGUCGCCAACCAAGGCCACAUCUUCCUCGCCGGACCGCCCCUCGUCAAAGCCGCAACCGGCGAAAUCAUCUCCGCCGAAGACCUCGGCGGCGGCGCCCUACACACCAGCACCUCCGGCGUAGCAGACUACCUCGCCGUCGACGACGCCCACGCCCUCGUCCUCGCCCGCCGCUCCAUCAGCAACCUCAACUGGCCCAAACCCAUCCCAUCCCCACCCACCCCGCAAGACCCCCUCUACCCACCCUCCGACCUCGCCGGCAUAGUCGGCACCAACCCACGCCGCCAAAUCGCCAUGCACGACGUCAUAUCCCGCAUCGUCGACCGCUCCGCCCUCGCCGAAUUCAAGCCCUCCUACGGCUCCACCCUCAUCACCGGCUUCGCCUCCAUCCACGCCCACAAAGUCGGCAUCCUCGCGAACAACGGCAUCCUCUUCUCCGAAGCCAGCCUCAAGGCAACCCACUUCAUCCAGCUCUGCACCGCCCGCAACAUCCCCCUCGUCUUCCUGCAGAACAUCUCCGGCUUCAUGGUCGGUGCGGCCGCGGAGGCGGGCGGCAUUGCGAAGAACGGCGCGAAGCUCGUCACGGCGGUCGCCUGUGCGGAUGUGCCUAAAUUCACGGUUGUGGUGGGGAGUAGUGCCGGUGCGGGCAACUACGGGAUGUGUGGACGGGCGUACGGGCCGCGCUUCCUGUGGACGUGGCCGAAUGCGCGGACGGGCGUGAUGGGCGCGGAGCAGUUGGGUAGUGUGAUGCGGGCGGUUGGGAAGGGUGGGGAGGAGGUGCGGGGGUUGGAGGAGAGGGUGGAGAGGGAGAGUAGGGCGUUGUUUGGGAGUGCGAGGGGUUGGGAUGAUGGGGUUAUUCCGCCGGAGCAUACGAGGAGGGUUUUGGGCAUGGGGCUGCAGGCUGCGUGUGGGGUUGUUGGGCAGAGGGAUGGUGAGGAUACGCGGUUUGGGGUGUUUAGGAUGUAGGAUGUAGGAGAAAGGGGGUUCAAAGGGGGGGAGGUGGAUGGAUGGAUGGAAUGGAUAAAAAGGAAAGGACUGAUGUUGUUCUAUUCCCGUGCCGGUUGGUAUCACGUCUGUUCUGCUAUGCACUGCUCUGCUCUGCUCUGCUCUGCUCUCUGCUGUCCUGCCUGUCCUUGUCGUGUCCCGUACCGUCCAUGUACCCAUCGAUUACAAAUAUAUCCCAUCCC